AUGAACUCACCAGAGGCGUCCUGGGUUGCUCAACACAGAGACUCUUACCCAGGGUGUCAGCCUCUGAAAGAUACACGUGCCUGGGCCUCUUUCCUGAAGAUGGACCCAGCAGGUCUGGAGGGAGGGCCCUGUGAUGCACCCUGUGAUGAGCCGCUGAUCCGAGCCGCGUGGAACCUCAGCGGGGGUGUGAGCUAUCAGGAACCUGCCGCUGGACUGCAGCGACCAGGAGAACACGGGUUCUGUGCAUCCGACGGCGGGGACCAAGCACUGGGGUCUCUCUGCUCCCUGAUACUAACCACGCCCACCAGACCAUCUUCCCUUCGGCUGGAGGAAGAGGUGGACCUGGACCCUGGACGAGGCGGGAAAAUCAGGGAGACCCAGCAGGAUGGGUUUCCUCAUCAGAAAAACCGGAGCAGUGGAGCCCCGCACUCAUGCUGCCGUCCGUUUACAGAAGUACACAGGGAUACCCUAUCAUCUUUACUUUGUUGGAGAGGAGCUGUAAUAGUCUAUGUUAAAGUUACUGUUCAGACAAAGGAUUCCAACAAAUUGCUUUCACUACUUUAUUGGUAA